AUGGGCUAUAUUGUAACGGGGUACCCUAGUCGGCAUGAUAAGAGAAAGAAACAUGUACUUCCUUUGCAUCAGUAUACGGCGUCUUCAAUAAACUUGCAGCAUCAUGUAAAUCUCUUAGAGGCCUCGGUCUUGCCUAAGAGAUCAAUAUCGCAAGAUUCCAAACUUUCUAGAUCACAAACUAAAAAACUUCGGCAUCGCCAGAAACUAACUUUGCAAGAUUUACCUAUAGAGGUCAUUCAACAUAUUUUCAUUUUGUCAAAAGGUGAACCAUCAAUGUUCACCUUGAAUAGAUUUUUUUAUAGCUGCUUGAGACCAUCUUUUUCAUUGCUCUCCAAGAUCAUGUGGGAGAAAUAUCUUUUUGACCCGCUCAAAUUUGGAGUGAAUAACAUAAAAGCCAAUUCAGGAAACAUCGUGAUUCCCACAUUAUUCGAACAUGACACGUUUUUUCAAUUACUACUAAACCAUCAUCAUAUUCUUUUAAAAGAAAUUUCUCACUUUCUUCCCAGUAAGUACUACCAAGACAUGCAGAAUGGUGAAUUUGAUACAUCUAAAGAGUUAGAUUUGUGUUCAAUGAGCAUGGAAAAUACUGAGAAAGAAGACUUCCCUAAAAUUUUCUAUAAAAACACGCGUAUUUUUCUCACACACAGAGAAUGUGUGAAGUCCAUUGGCAAUCAUUUCAUCUUAAAAAAACCUUAUGAUGUAAUAUCACCUUUUAUAGAAUGGUUUUUUCAAGGCAUUGAAAAGCAAGGGGCGAACACAAGCUCUAAAUUUACCGUAAAUUUUCUAUUUGAGUCAAUAGAUUUGAUUCUAUGUGUUUCUGAAUCUGUAACAAAAAAAUUGACUUCCAUUGAACCUCUUUCGACCAUGAUAUUCUUACUAUAUUUUACUUAUGUUGAUGUGGUCAAGACUCUGAAUUUCGAGCGUUUUUUCCAGAAUACGUCAAGGUUACAGUUCAUUGAGAAAUUUAUCUUAAAAUACUAUUACGACCCAUCAUUAGUGGAGAACGAACUUUUAUCUGAUACUAACAUUUGGGACUUGCUAAGGAGAGUUUCUGAUUUAAAGCUUAUAGAUGUGGUUGUUGAAUGUGGUGGAAGACCUCAGUAUGGUGUGCUAUUUGCUUAG